AUGGCAGCGGCCCUUGUGGCAGCCAGCGUCGCAGCUCCGGGACCAGCCCAGGCGGAGAGCCCGAAGCUUUCCUUCUUCGGCCUCGGAGGCGGUGUCUCCGAUGUCUACAACCAGAACGACAACCCGAUCAACCCGUACUCGCAGUUCAGCGAGGUUGGAGACGAGUCCGUCUACAAGGCCCGCACCGACCAGGAGGUGGCCCGCAGGAAGAAGGCCCUGGCGAACUCCUUCGAGCGUUUCGACAAGACCGCCUUCUACAUCAAGACGAAGCAGUCGCAGCAGCUGACCUCCAACCUCCAGGAGGCUGCUGGCUUCAAGCAGGACAUGGUGUACUUCUCUGGUGCCGAAGCUUCUCCGGCUUACAACAAGGCCCGAGAAUUCUCGCAGAAGAUCUCCACCGUGGGUGUGGAUGGCCGCAACAAGGAGUGGGGACGAGCCUCCCAGGACUUCGAGGCCGCAAAGGAGCUGCUGAAGGAGUGGAAGGAUCUCGUGAAGUUCUGA